AAUUCUUCUCACUUAAAACUUUUCAUUGUGUAUGCAGUACUAUGCACACCAACUGAAUGAAUAUACUGUGCAAAUUUAAUCAGAAAAUUAUCAGUAGUUUUUGGGGAAGGUAGAAUGACGGAACGUGUCUCACCUUAAAGGAUAUUAUGGGGUGAAUGCAUAUGGAUCAUCAGAUACCAAUGCAUUAUAACCUUUCAAGUUUCACCAAGCAAGGGACAAAUGUGAAAGAAUGAAUGGCGAAGUUAUGUUGACACAAAAAUUUGAAUAGAUAAAUACAGCACUACAGCGAAAUCAGUGUACUGUUAAAUUUAAAUUAUGUUUAAAACCAGGGGCUUAUAAAAAGACAGGUUCGCGUGAUUAAUGUAUCCAUACUGUACUAGAGAAUAUCAUGCAUCUUGGAUUACACGACCUUUAAGUGUGAACUGUACCAAAAUCAUCCUACACUGUACCUAAUUUUAAGCUGACAGGCAUUAUCUUUGCCAAGGAAAACUAUGGGGGCCUGAACCAAAAAUUCUAGGAAUCUAGAAUUGAUAUAAUUAUAUUCUGCAUUGGUAGUUUGACCCAGACGGAACAUAGGGAGAUCCAAAAUGUCACUAGGUACAUUUAGCAAAGAAGAAAUAUAAAUGGAAAGUAUUUAAAAUUGAUAAUUUCAUUAAACUAAUUAAGCCAAUUUUGUAUCUCAGAAAAUUACUCAGAGAAAAAUAUCAGGACGUCAACGGAGGAAGAGAUGAAUAUGACUUUAUGGUAUUCUAGUUUCCUUGUCAGGUUCUACUGGCUUGUGGUGAUCGGUGUCUUAGUGUCCGUGACUAUAUGUGGGACACUUGUCCUCAAUUUACAUGGUUUACCAAACUUUGAAGAUCCAGCCAAGGGGUUUGAGGUCAGAGGCACGGCUCUCAGUAAGAGACUACAAGCAGUUGCUGUAUUGGAUACUAAUGUACCAGAAACAUAUAGCUAUUACCCAAAAUCAAAUGACUCAGAUAUACAUAGCUAUUAUCAAAACCCCAAUAGCUCAAUUACUUUUAGCUAUCAUCUGAACUCCAAUGGCUUAGAUCAAUGGCUUGGUACAGUGUUAGACAAAAAGGUACCAGGUACCCAUACUGGUUAUAGCUACUAUCCAAGCUUCAAUGGUGUGAAUCAGGAUGAAGGUUCAAAACAGAAAAGGAGGGAUGUCACGGAUCUGCAGUUCAAAUGUUUCCCAAAAGAUGGAGGUUAUGAAUGUCCAAUAAUAGUUUCUCUGGAGUCUACAAAUGGUGGGGACCUCUUCACAAAGGAAGCUUUACAAGCCAUCUGCAAGAUCCAUAAGACAUUAGCUAAACACCCGGCUUAUAUCACAAAGACACACCACUCUGUACCAAGCUAUAUGGAGCAGCUAUUCAACACACCAUGCAACAAGUUCACAAAUUCUACAAUCGCCCAGAUGAGAAAAUUAUUAUCGACCUGUGCACCUUUUUACAAAACCAAACAACUCAAUGCAAAUUGUAACAAAGAUCAAUGUAAUGCUCCGAGCGAAUGCAACAAAAACAAUGCAGUCUAUCAAAUAUUCCAUUAUCUGGUAGACAAAAACUUCCAAGCUGGCAAUGGUUAUAGCAUCCUUGAAUAUACAAACUUGAUUACACAUACAUUUUAUCCAGAGAACCUUGACUUUUACAAGACAUAUUUUGAUGGGCAAGACUUUGAGAUAGAUGGCGUGCAAGUUGUUGGUCUAUAUAUUCAGGGAGUCAAAAAUGAUCUAUUUGCUAACUACCUAGUGAUUGAUAUGAUGCUGUUUGGAGUAGCUUUUGCAUUAAUAUUACUUGUAAUGUUCCUUUACCUAAGAUCUACUCUGAUAUUGCUAGCAACUAUCCUUAAUGUUGGAUUCUCAUUCAUCAUGGCUUACUUUCUUUACUUUGUCAUUUUUCCAUUCCAAUUUUUUCCAUUUCUCAACAUUUUUGCGGCCCUGAUCCUGAUAGCCAUUGGAGCUGAUGACGUCUUUGUAUAUUUUGAUAUAUGGCAUGAAAUGAAAAAGAAAUUGACUGAUGAUGAGAAGUUUGGAGGUAAACACAAGACUAAGACAGAUCAAAAUAAUGUGAUAGAAAAUGGCUUUGCACACUUGGCAAACAACUCAACAGCAAAGUACAAUGGUGUGGACAUACAUGUGCAUGUAUCUGAGAAACCAGUCCUAAAGCUUAGUAAUUCUCACUUAAAAUUGCUCAUUCAUAAGACACUAAAACAUGCAGCGUCAUCUAUCUUUAAUACGAGUUUCACGACUGCAGCUGCAUUUUUAGCCAAUUUCUCAAGUAACAUAAUUGCAACACGCUGCUUCGCAAUUUUUGCUGGAACUUGCAUUCUGGUGAAUUUCAUCUUUAUGGUAACAUGGAU